AUGGCGCUCAUACAGACCAGCUUGAUCUGGGUCGCAUACGCCGUCGCAGUCGCCAUUCUACUCGCAAUCGCUGCAAUCUUCGUAUUCCUAUACCAGACGCCCCGCGACCGUGCGGCGUCCGUCACUACGAUAUGCAUCUUCACGACCAGCGCUCUCUUAGCCACGGUGCUGCUCGUACCCGUCGACAUUGCCCUCGUCUCGUCCACAUCGCUCUCUAGUCAAGGUCGCAAGAAGGACUGGGCCACGCCAGAGCGUGUUGAUAACAUUCUUUACACGCUUAAGAUCGUCUAUUAUACAUUGUAUUCGCUGGAUGCAGUGCUGUGCUUGCUCGUGGUACCCUUCACUUACUUUUGGUAUGAGGAAUAUGAUGAGGACGCUGCUGAACAUGGCGAGCAAACCGCUGGACAGAGGUUCUGGGGUGCCUUCAAAUAUACGAUCGCCUUUAUCGUCUUUGUGGUCAUCAUCUUCCUUAUUGGAUUCUUCGUUCCGUUCGCAAAGCAAGCCAAGGACGAUGAUCGUCUGGAUCUCGACUACUUCAAGCAUCUCCUGGCUGAGAACCAUGGCGAACGCGCCUUGUCAUUUGCACUGGGUCUUCUGAUGCUGAUUGGAACCGUUCUCUACGUGCUGUACACGGGCGCUGGCCUCGCGCUCCUCCCGGUUGCCAUGAUCAAGUCGGCUCCUUCCGUUAGCGCACCAAUGCUGGCCGCGAAUACUGCUUCCCAACUCGAAUCCAACCGCGAACGCCAGAGGCAGCUCGAGGGUCGCAGUGAAGGUCGCCAUGGCGGUUUGGAUCCACGGGACCGACGCGAACUUGAAGCCUUGGUCCGCGAGGAGCGCACACUCAUCCGUCGCGAACGCCUGGCUGCCGAAUCCAGUGGGGAGGACCGUCACUGGCUUGUCAAGGCCUGGAUCAAGAUUGAGGCCGUCUUCCGUCCUUUGAAGUUUAUUGGAGGUUUUCUCCUGAUGGUGCUGGCACUUCUCAUAUUCGCCAGUAUGCUUAUUACUGGCAUUGACAAGGCCAAGAACUCCAUCUGCAAGUCUCACUGCGGAUACAUUCUGGGUCACAUCAACAUCUUCCAGCCGCUGAACUGGAUCCUGGUCAAGUCUUCCAAGGUCUUCCCCAUUGACUACAUCCUGUUCUUGUUACUUGUACUAUUCUUCUUCUGCUCUUCCGUUGUUGGCAUCGCAACUGUCGGUAUCCGCUUCCUCUGGCUCACCCUCUUCAAGAUCCGCAAGGGCCACACCUCCCCACAAGCCCUGCUUCUGGCAACCGCCCUGCUUAACCUCAUCGUUCUCGCCAUCAACUACUCCGUCGCCAUGGUCGUAGCCCCUCAAUACGCCACCUUCGGUCCUCAAACCUUCUGCGACCGCGAACCGCGUCACCCGGGCGAACAACCCAGUUGCAAAGAUCACAAGGCUGAUAUCAAGCCGUGCACAGAGAUAGCUACCAACCACUACGCCAAGGAUGUGUGCACACCCAGUGUUCUUAGCACCUUCAUCAACCGUGUAACCAUCAACUUCCCGUUCUUCGGUGUCGUGCUAUUCUGGGCACAGUUCGCCUUCCUGGGUGUUUACCUUAUUGUGUUCCUCACCACGUUGUUCAGGACCCCCAAGUUGAACCAGGAGCAGAUCGACCGUGAUUUGGAGGAGGACGAGGAAGAAGGCUUGCUCGCGAGCACAGGACGAAGAUUCAAUGCUACUUGGCAGGACAUCACCGGAAGGGCGAAGAGGAGCUAUGGAACCACAGAAAACAAUGGAGAGAGGAGUUAA